CUCGUCCCCCCAGCUCAGAUCCCCAACCGGGUUUCGAGCCCGAUAACCCGCUAAGGGCCCGGCCCCAGGCCCAGACCCGAUAAGCGAUGCGCGCCUCUCGCCGGAGGCCGUGAGAUCGCCGGACCGCCGCUGCGCGCCGCCGCCGGCGAUGACGUCCGCCGUGCUCGCCGGCCGGAAUGAGGUCCACCACCACCACCCCCACUGGGGGGGCGACGCCCGCGUCCCCCUCGUGCCCAAGCACGCCACCAACCCUAACCCUAGGCGGCACCGGCCGAGCCCCGGCGCCCCGGGGCCGCCGCCUGCGCCGCCGCGGCCGCAGGUGGCACCGUCCGCGGCGGAUCCCUCGCCGUCGGGCCACGUAACGAUCCGGCCCUCGGAGAUGUCCCGCAGGGAGGCCCAGGCGGUCCGCGCGCGGCUCACCGGCGAGCUGAGCCGGGUCCGCGCGCUCCUUUCCCACAUCGAGAGGUGGGAGGACCAGCGGCGGCCGGCGGCGGCGCCGGCGACGACGGAGCCUCCGCAGCAGCGGGGCCACGUGUCGCCGCCCCCGGCCCUCCAGGCGGCGAUGCGGAAGCGCUGCACGCAGAUCCUGACGCGGCUGCGGAAGCAGAAGAUCAGCGUCUGGUUCAACUCGCCGGUGGACGUCGAGCGGCUGAAGCUGCACGACUACCACGCCAUCAUCAGGAACCCCAUGGAUCUCGGCACCGUGAAGGAGAACCUCGCCUUCGGGAGGUACCCCUCGCACGACGCCUUCGCCGCCGACGUCCGCCUCACCUUCAACAACGCGCUGCGGUACAAUCCGCCCGACCACCAUGUCCAUAGGUACGCCGGCAACCUCCUCGCCACAUUCGAGGGGUUGUACAAGGAGGCCGUGUCUUGGUUCGAGGAGGAGUCCCAGCGUCUCCAGCCACCAAUGCCGCUUGCUCUGCCGCCGCCGCCGCAGCCCCCGGUGCCUGUGCCGGUGCAGGCCCCGCCAAGGAUUGGGGGUGGGGGGAGGAGGCCGAAGCCCAAGGCAAGGGAACCCAACAAGAGGGAGAUGAGCGAGGAGGAAAAGCACAAGUUGAGGGUGGAGAUCGGGAACUUGCCUGAGGAGAAAAUGGUGAAUGUGCUACAGAUUGUGCAGAAGAGGAAUACUGAUCCGGCUCUUAUGGGAGAGGUUGUUGAGCUUGAUUUCGACGAAAUGGAUGUCGAGACGCUCUGGGAGCUUGAUCGAUUUGUGGUCAAUUGCAAGAAGGCACUCAACAAAAGCAGGAGGACUGUUGUGGUGAAUGGUGGUGUUGUUGAUGCAACCACUAUUGUCCCAAUUGAGGAUGAUGCGAUGCAGGUGAAUGUGCAUCCGCGUGCGGUGGUUGACAUUGGAGACUCGGAGAAUGACAUGACGGAGAAGAGGGUUUCAGAGGUUGAUAUGGUUGAUGAGUAUGUUGAUAUUGGUGAUGAGAUGCCGACAGCGAAUUACCAGUCGGUGGAGAUUGAGAGGGAUGCCCAAGUGGCGAGCAGCUCAAGCGGGUCUGAAAGCGGCUCGUCUGCAUCCAGUGAUUCUGACUCAAGGAGCUCUGGGGACUCUGAUUCAGAUGGUGAUGAUGCCCAGUCUCCCAAUUAGGUGGUGCUUCUUUCUCUAACAAUAGGAUUUUAGUGAUUUUAGUAGGUGACUGAGGUCCAUUUUGGCGAGGUAAUUUGAGUAGUGGUAUAGGAAAUUGGAUGGGUUCUUGUUCGAGUUGUUGUGAGGUAUGUUCUCGUGUGCUCCUGCAUUCAGCUUAGGUUGUUGGUACUUGUAGUGGAUAGCAUGUGCUUAGUUUGGUGUAAACGAAGACCAUUGUAAAGAAGCGAAUAUAAUCGAGAAAAGAGAAAGGUAGCAAUGUAGCAUUUUAUCAUGAGUUUGUCUCCUCAAAA